AUGUUGGAGGGGCGACGCCGGGAGUCCCAAGACCAGAAGGGGGAGCAGCGCAGCCGCGGUCGGGAGAUGCAAGCGCGGACACGAGCUGGGACUGGCGGCGCAAACCCCAGGGAGGGGCCGCGGGGAGGAGGCCAGGGGGAGGGGAGGCCGCGGAGGGGGAGGGGGAGCCGCCUGCGCGCGGCCUCGGUCCCGAGCAGCGUCCGGGCCUGUGGCCGCCGCCACCUAAGGCAGCAUCACCGCCCGCCACCCGGCCGCCCGCCUCUCCACCCCAUCGCUGCCAGCGCUUUUCCCACGGGCCGCAGCCCACGAGGGAGGGGCGCGGCGGGAGAGGGGAGGGAGGCAGCUAGCGCGGCCGCCCGCUUCCCACCCGCGCUGAGCGGGGGCGGGGCGGCCCUCACCUGCCGGGCGGCGACGCUGGGGCUGCGGGGCGCGCUGGCCGCCUGUGCCCACGUCCACGCCGGCCACCUGCACCACCAGCUGCCGCAGAGGCGUCUCAACGGCUCCGAGCUGCAACCGCCACCGCCACCGCCACCGCCGCCGCCGUCGCUGCGCCGCUCCCGCGCGGCUCCCGCUCGGCGCCCGCUAGCGCUGGGCCGUACCAACUGCUCGCCCAGAUGGGGGUGGCGCGGCGACUGGCGAGGGUCGUGGCUCGGAAGCGGAGCUCUUGGAGACGCGAGGGCCCACAGGUGCCCCUGCUUACAAGAAACAGCAGCCAGCCACGGAGAACCGUUAAGAAAAAUGCAAUCCCAGUGGAUGCAAAACGUGAAAGGUCCACUCCUCCUGCUAGACAUGUGCCAAGGCCAAAUGGCGGAGGGCUUUCCAGUUAUGCCAGCCCCUGUACCAGCUCUGAGGACACCAAGCUAGGAUACCAACUGGGCAAGGACUAGCAGGUUGACUUCACCCACAUGCCCACUCUUAAAAAGCUCCAUUAUCUCUUGUUGACACCUUUAGGAUGGAUGGAGGCGUUUCCCAUCUCCAGAGAAACAGCAGAAGUGGUGGUGCAGCCCGGUGGUGGUGGCGCACGCCUUUAAUCCCAGCACUCGGGAGACAGACGCAGGCGGAUGUCUGUGAGUUCGAGACCAGCCUGGUCUACAAGAGCUAGUUCCAGGACAGUCUCCAAAACCACAGAGAAACCCUGUCUCAAAAAAAACAAAAGAAGAAGAAGAAGAAGAAGAAGAAGAAGAAGAAGAAGAAGAAGAAGAAGUAGUAGUGAUGAUGCAGUUACUCCUGGAACACAUCAUCCCCAAUUUGGCAUGCCAUGCCCUCGCAAGCUCCUAGGACAUCAGCGCUGGUACCACAUCUCCAGGCUCAAGUGGGCACCUAUCCAGGAUAAAUGGUCUGUCCUACAACUGGGACCCUCUGCUUUCUGGUUUUUCAAAAUGUCCCGAUAAAGAGCAUAUAUGCUCUUGUGUCUUGCUCGUUCAUCUUUGUCAUUCAACUUUGCCUCUUCUGUACAACCAGGGCAUGUCUCCGCUUCAUUCUUCCCGGCAAUCUCCACUCUUCCCAUGGCUAGCCUCAUUCAUAGGGCUGUGAUAAUAACCAUUUUUUUUCUUUCUUCUCCUAGCAACUUGCCUUCUCUGCUUCCUCAAGAAACAAAUUCCUGAGGUCUCCAGGAUGGCAGUUAACUGAAUGCUUCUUCACCCAUACCUCCGGCUGAGCCUAAGUCCACUGACUCCCUACUCCCUGUCACCAUGUAGUCCUAUACCAACAGGUAGUAAGCAGACUUGAACCAUCACCCAUUUAUCCAAGAAGGUUGGGGUGCUCUGCUCCUCCCUCUCCGGACCCUGCCCACUCAGAAAGACUGCCUAAAGCCCAGGCUCCUUCCCUGAAGCUCAAGAUCUCACCCACAGGGAGUUAAGCCCUGGUCCUUGGACCUGCACAGGGAUUUCUCUUCUGCUCACUUUCCCGACAGUCACUUGAGGAAUUGCUUUCCUCAGAUUAAACCUGGUCUUUUAACUUGGCUUGAUCUGGCUUACUAUGUUGUCAGAGAAACUUACCAGGAUCCAAAAUUACCUGUCACUUCCCUCCUGUCUUUCUUCCUUUUCUGUUUUUUUUUUUUUUUGAGACAAGGUCUCAGGUAGCUUUUGUGAGCAGCUGACGGCUGCGCCUCUUGCCUCAGCCUCCAGGAUUACAGGUGCACACCGCCACAUACGUACAGCAUCAUCUGUGUAGCUUUUUAAACAUACUCUGUAAACAUUUGUUUGGAGAUUUUUGUUUUGUUUGUUUUGCUUUAAAUUGGCCUGAAGUGGUGGCACACCUUCAAUACCAGCAGCGGGGAGGCAGAGGCAGGAAGACCUCUGUGAGUUCAUGGCCAUACUGAUGUACACAGCAAAUUCCACAUGGCCACACUGGUCAUCCAAAGCUACACAGUGAGAUCCUGUCUCAAAAAUUUUUUUAGGGCUGGAGAGAUGGCUCAGCGGUUCAGAGCACUGACUGUUCUUCCAGAGGACCUGAGUUCAAU